UGACCUCUAAUAUCACGUGAUUGAAGAUAAGGAAGUAAUAAGAGUUAGCGCACAACAUUGACUUGUAUCAGGACAUUUAUCAUAGUUUAGAUUUGUCGUGGUCGACAGCCAGUGCGUUUCACCAUGGCAAAGUCUAGUGUGGAUUUACCCGAUAUUGAAAACAUCCUUGCUUUAAAUCCCCGCGUUCGUUCCCAAUCAAAUUUUAUGCCAUCUGCUGCAACCAAAAUAAAUAAAAAACAUUGGAAGCGAAACGCCGAUCGCAAGUGUCAGACUUGCCCAGACCUUGAAAACGAUUUCUCUGACAUUAAACCAACAACACUCAGCGAAAGAGGCGCUCUGAAAGAAGCCGCAAGGUGUUUAAAAUGCGCAGACGCCCCUUGCCAAAAAUCUUGCCCUACACAACUGGACAUCAAAUCUUUUAUCACAAGCAUUGCCAAUAAAAAUUAUUAUGGAGCGGCUAAAGCAAUUUUCUCGGAUAAUCCUCUGGGAAUCACCUGCGGCAUGGUCUGUCCCACUAGCGACCUCUGUGUGGGCGGCUGUAAUUUACAUGCGUCUGAAGAAGGGCCCAUAAAUAUAGGCGGUUUGCAACACUUUGCCACGGAGGUUUUUAGUAAGAUGGGUGUUAGGCAAAUCAGGGACCCCAAAACACCGGCUCCGAAAAAUUCGAACGCGAAAAUUGUUUUAAUGGGGGCGGGGCCGGCGUCGUUGUCGUGUGCCACGUUUUUGGGACGGCUGGGAUAUGAUAACAUCACUAUCUACGAAAAACAAGAUUUCGUUGGGGGACUAAGUACUUCUGAAAUACCGCAAUACCGUUUACCCAUCUCUGUUGUUAACUUUGAAAUCCAGCUGGUAAAAGACUUGGGCGUAAAAAUCGAAACAGGCCGAAGCCUCUCAAAACAUGACAUUACUUUGGAAAAGUUAUUAAAAGACGCUAAGGCCGUUUUCGUCGGUAUAGGCUUACCCCAACCUAAACUGAACCCACUUUUCAAAAAUCUAACCCCCGACAUGGGUUUCUACACUUCUAAAGAUUUCCUACCAAGAGUAGCAAAAGCCAGCAAACCUGGAGUUUGUCUUUGUAAAGCUACUUUACCAAGACUGAAGGGAACUGUUAUUGUUUUGGGUGCAGGAGACACUGCUUUUGAUUGUGCGACGUCUGCCCUUAGAUGCGGGGCUAGAAAAGUGUUUGUUGUUUUUCGGAGAGGUUUUACUAACAUUAGAGCUGUUCCAGAGGAGGUGAGUUUAGCCGUUGAAGAAAAAUGCGAGUUGGUUGGUUUUCUAUCACCUCAUAAAGUCAAUGUUAAAGAUGGUAAAAUCGUAUCUGUGACGUUUAGCAGAACGGAACAGGACGAAAGUGGUCAAUGGGUCCAAGACCCGGAACAGUUGACUACAAUUAAAGCGAAUUAUCUUAUUUCUGCAUUUGGGUCAGGACUAGAAGAUCCAGCUGUUGUUGAAGCUUUGAAACCUUUGAAAUUUACUGACCAAAAUCUACCAAGUGUUGAUCUUAACACAAUGCAAAGCUCUCACACUUCUGUGUGGGUGGGAGGUGAUUUAGCAGGUGUUGCUGAAACUACGGUAGAAGCAGUCAAUGAUGGAAAAACAGCAGCUUGGUACAUGCAUUGUUAUUUGGAAGGUUUACCUUUAACAACAUCACCAAAACUCCCACUGUUUUAUACUGAAAUUGAUAAUGUUGAUUUAUCAGUUGAGAUGUGUGGAAUUAAAUUUGAAAAUCCAUUCGGACUUGCUUCCGCACCUCCAGCUACAACUACAGCUAUGAUAAGGAGGGCUUUUGAGCAAGGAUGGGCUUACACAGUCACUAAAACUUUUUCUUUGGAUAAAGAUUUAGUUACGAAUGUGUCCCCGAGAAUUGUUAGAGGUACUACGGCAGGACAUAAUUAUGGACCUCAACAAGGUUCCUUCCUUAAUAUUGAACUAAUAUCAGAAAAGUGUGCAGCUUAUUGGUUGAAAGGAAUCCAGGAAUUGAAAACAGAUUUUCCGACCAAGAUCGUAAUUGCGAGCAUUAUGUGUUCCUACAACGAACAAGAUUGGAAAACACUGUCAAAAAUGGCCGAAGACGCAGGCGCAGAUGCUCUAGAAUUGAAUUUAAGUUGCCCCCACGGCAUGGGCGAAUCUGGAAUGGGUCUAGCUUGCGGCCAAAAACCUGAGUUAGUUAAGGGCAUUUCCCAAUGGGUCAGAGCCACUGUUAAAAUCCCCUUCUUCAUUAAACUAACCCCCAACAUCACCAACAUUGUUGACAUCGCCACAGCGGCGUACGAAGGGGGCGCUGAUGGCGUUGCCGCCAUUAACACAGUUUCAGGCUUAAUGGGUUUGAGCGCAAACGGUUCCCCUUGGCCAGCUGUGGGUUUAGACAAACGUACCACUUAUGGAGGCGUUAGCGGGAAUGCCACAAGACCCAUGGGAUUACGAGCGGUUUCAGCGGUCGCUAACGCUUUGCCUGGAUUCGCUAUAAUGGGCAUUGGAGGCAUUGAUUCGGCAGAUGUUGCUUUGCAGUAUUUGCAAGCUGGGGCAACAGUGGUCCAAGUUUGCAGCGCUAUACAGAACCAGGAUUUCACACUGAUUGAUGAUUAUUGCACUGGGUUGAAAGCGUUGCUUUACCUUGAUGGGCGUUUGCCGAGGUGGGAUGGGCAAAGUCCGCCCACUUUUAAGCACCAAAAGGGAAAACCAGUUGUUUCAAUACGUAACGAAGAUAAAGUGAGGCGUGCCAUUUUUUUCGAUUUGAUUGGCAAGGUUUUAUUUCAGGCAUUGCCGCACUUUGGGCCGUAUCUUAAAGAACGGGAGGAGAAAAUGAAAAAUGUGAAGCAGGAAAUUAUUUUGCACCACAAUGGGCGUGAGAAUGGGUACCCAAUAAAUGGGGUACAGGUACCGUCAAUGGUACCAAAAAUUAAUGAGAUUGUAGGGCGAGCUUUGCCCAAAAUUGGGGCUUACAAGAAGUUAGAUAAUACAAAACAAGUGGUAGCGUUGAUUGAUGAUGACAUGUGUAUUAACUGUGGUAAAUGUUACAUGACGUGUAACGAUUCUGGUUAUCAAGCUAUUAAUUUUGAUCCAAAGACGCAUAUUCCUACAGUGAAUGAUGAUUGUACUGGAUGUACUUUGUGCUUGUCGGUUUGUCCAAUUAUAGAUUGCAUUACCAUGGUACCAAAAACUAUUCCCCAUGUUAUCAAAAGGGGACAACCAGUUAAACUAGUUCAUGCCCUUGAUACAUAAUUAUUAUUAACACAAUUAUUAUUUUAAUUGAUACAUUUAAUUAAACAUUUGGUGGUUUGGUGAAAAAUAGAAAAAAUCAAAUAAAGUAAUACAAAACAA